AUGGCACCCGGUAUAUUCCCAGUCGCCAACGCCACGGUCCCUUUCUGGCGGACCGAGCUCCAUGAAAUAGACGAACAUCGCAGCACCCCGGAGCUACCUGCAGAGCAGGAUAUCGUCAUCAUCGGAGCCGGUUUCGCUGGGACUACCUGCGCCUACUACUUGACACAGGACGAGUUUACCGUUCCCAGCAUCACCGUCCUCGAAGCUCGAGAGGCCUGUUCGGGCGCCACAGGACGCAAUGGUGGUCAUUGCAGACCGGACUUGCACGUUGGGUUUGAAAACCGCAAGAACGUGAAGGGUCUGGAUGCGGCCAACGAGGUCGCAUGCUUCGAAGUGGCCAACCUGCAAGCGGUCAAGCAGCUCAUCCGGCAGGAACGGAUAGAGUGUGAACUUGAGGAAGUCACAUCUUCGAACGUCUACUUGGACGAGAAGCAAGCCCUCGGAGCUAAAGAUAAUCUUGAGGAAAUGCUCGAUCUGGGGUGCCCGACUGCAAUGAUGGUCAACUACUACGGACCAGAUGAGGCUGAGAAGGUCUCGGGAGUCAAAGGCGCGAAGGCCGCCACGACAUUCCCCGCUGCAACUCUGUGGCCCUACAAGUUCAUCACUCAACUGCUCUCCAUUGUCGUGGACAGGGGAGUCAAUCUUCAGACCAACACUCCAGUCACCAUGGUUUCAUCCACAGCGGACGACGAGGGGUUCUGGACAGUUACGACUCCCAGAGGAAACAUCAGAGCUAAGAAGGUCGUGUUUGCCACCAACGGUUACACUUCUGGAGUGUUACCCGAGUACAAGGCCAUCCAUCCUGUGCGAGGCACCUGCAGUCGCAUUAUAGCAGGGAACCCGCCGGCGGAGCGCUCCAGGAUUGGAUCCUUGGUCCCUUACUACGCUCCAAAGUUGGCCGACUACCAAGCCAACAGGUCGGAUGGAAGCUUUGUAGUUGGAGGUGCCUGGACGACUUGCCGAUUCAAGCACACGAACCAAUGGCGGGACGUGGUGGACGACUCGCAGUUGGUGCCUGCUGCGGAGGGCUACUUUAAUGGUUACAUUGAAAGAACCUUCAAUGGCUGGGAGCAAGCUGAGACCACUGUCGACCAGGUCUGGACUGGCAUCAUGGGUUACACCGAAGACGGCGAGCCACACAUCGGUAAGGUGCCUUCCAAGGAAGGACUAUACAUCUGUGCCGGUUUCAACGGCCACGGAAUGCCUCUUGUACUGCUCUGCGCCAAGGGACUCGUCAAGAUGAUGAGCGACGACUGCGACUUUUCGCAGACUGGCAUCCCGAGCCUCUACGAGACGACACCCGAGCGGCUGCAGGCCACAGCCGUUAUUUGA